CUCCGGCGCACGGAGGAAAUGAGUUAUUCUCACGGAAUCUAUACAGACAUCAGUCUGACCGUCUCCCAAAUUUUCCCCAAGAAGAAGAUACCAGCAUAUUUCCAAUAGCAAGUGCUCGGAGCCAUAAAUAUGGAUUUGAACACAACGUCCCCAGAGCCUAAGUUCCGGAUUCUAUUGAUUCAUGGUUUCGCUGCCACUGGAUCCGACAUCACGGCAAAAACGGCACCCAUAACGAGGCGCAUCGCCGAGUUGAUCACCCCCGACAUUCUCACUGAGUUCCCAGGUGGCAUUGAGUUCUUGACUCCUGAUGCACCCUUGGCACUUGAACCUCCAUUAGGCUUUGGGUGGAACACCGACGAUUAUGUUGACGAUGAGCAUGAUAAGCAAACUAUAAUAGCGGAAAAGAAACAACAACAGACAGCUAAAGGCUGGUGGUAUGGCCGAGACACCGUCAACGGUUACAAGGGCAUCGAAGUCUCGCUCUCGUUUUUGGCCAAAUAUAUCCGUGGACGACCCAUUCAUGGAGUCAUUGGAUUUUCGCAAGGCGGGGCUUUGGCGGGGAUGGUCUGCUCUCUGGUCGACUGCUACUAUAACCCGCAAAAGGUCGCUGCCAUCCGCGCGCAAGGUCUCCCUGUCGACGACUAUCUAUGUCUUCCUGGCCAGGAGCGGUUGAGAUUCAUGAUGGCGAUCGGAGGAUACCAGGGUACGUUGAAGUACUAUGGAAGUCUCUACCAGUGGCCAAUGCACACACCAAGCAUCCACACUCUCGCCAGCAUGGACGCUAUCGUGGAACACCGCCUGUCCAUGGACUUAGCGCACUCAUUUACUUCAUACGAGAUUGUCGAAUAUUUUGGUUCGCAUUUCGUCCCUCGAGAUCCCACAAGUGUCAAUGCCUUGGCACGCUUUGCUGUGAAAGCCUCUCUGCGCUCCGAUUCGCAUAGUUCACCAAUCGCAACUCCGCCACUGAGUCAAUCUGUUGAUACAAGUGAGGAUGAGGACUUUAAUACGGCAACUUCCAGUUCUGGACGAUCUGAUGGAUCGAUGCGAUUGACAACGGUCUGGAAGCGGAAGAGAAAAACGUGCGUUACCUGGGCUCGACGCGUGCACGUCGGGGCCCCUCCCGCAUAUUUGCGGAAGCAGCCUCAAUACAAAACUUUCAGCCCGCAACAGGCUUAUCUAUGAUUUUGAGUAUCAAGGUCCUGUUGCAAUAGUCGCUAUCGAUGGGCGGGGAUGCGGGCGCAGAAUUGGGAGU